GUAUCUAGUCCGGACUUCGAUGCUCCCUAUAAUAUAAUAAUACACGUAUUUGCAAAAUCCAAACUUCCACUUAAAUAAAAUUCGUGCCCUCCUCGCUUCGCUUCUUCUUCGAACUGCUAAUUCCUAUCCACACCGCACUAAUACUCUCUUCCAACUCCCCUACACCACCCCCCCCCCCCCCCGGGAGGGCGGCCCUUCUCUUCCUUUUGAUUUCUGAAUCCCUUUCAUAUAUAUAUACACACAUAUACAUGUAUGGUCGAAUCAUUUCCAAGGCUCUCAUUUCUUACUCAUCCCUCUUCGCUGCGUAAUUGAGUAUAUCAUCAUCGCAUUAACUGACUCAUGGAUGAAGAAGAGAAUGGAAAAGUCGCAGCAGCAGCAUCAGCGACGACAGGCGGAGGAGGAGGAGGAGCACCAGAAAUCCCCAAAAAGUCCUUGUUCAGGUACAAUUCCCCCUUGGUUCAGGUGGGAUUGAUCGGAGUGGUGUGUUUUUGCUGUCCUGGGAUGUUUAAUGCCCUCUCCGGCAUGGGCGGCGCAGGUCAGUUGGAUCCCACCGCUUCCAACAACGCUCUCACCGCCCUCUACACCACCUUCGCCGUCUUCGGCAUCAUGGGCGGCGGAAUCUAUAACAUCUUGGGACCCCACAUGACCCUCUUCGCCGGCUGUUCCACUUACGUCUUGUACGCCGGCUCCUUCCUCUACUACAAUCACUACCAGCAUCAGGCCUUUGUCGUCGUCGCCGGCGGCCUCCUCGGUAUAGGAGCCGGCCUCCUCUGGGCUGCCCAGGGUGCCAUCAUGACCUCCUAUCCCCCCCACGGUCGCAAGGGCACUUAUAUCUCCAUGUUCUGGAGCAUCUUCAACAUGGGCGGGGUGAUCGGUGGCCUCAUUCCCUUCGUCCUCAACUUUCACCGGACCAAGGCCGCUUCCGUCAACGACGCCACCUACAUUGGGUUCAUGGUCUUCAUGUCUGUCGGGAUGAUUAUUUCUCUGGGGAUCUUGCAUCCCAGUCGCGUAAUACGCGACGACGGUUCCUCCUGCACCAACAUUAAGUACUCCAGCGUCUCCACUGAGGUUGUUGAGAUUCUGAAAUUGUUCCUCAACUGGAAAAUGCUGCUCAUGGUGCCAGCCUCCUGGGCCAGUAACUUCUUCUACAGUUACCAGUUUAAUAACGUGAACGGGGUUCUGUUUAAUUUGAGGACUAGAGGGCUGAACAAUGUUUUCUAUUGGGGGGCCCAGAUGAUCGGAUCGGUGUUCGUGGGGUACCUGAUGGAUUUCAGUUUCAAAAGCAGGAGAGCGAGGGGGCUGCUGGGUAUUAGCGUGGUCGCUUUGCUUGGGACGGCUAUUUGGGGAGGCGGACUUGCGAAGCAGCUGGGUUACUCCCGGCAUCACGAACCCGAGGUCAAGCUGGAUUUUAAGGAUUCAGAGUUUGCAGGACCCUUUGUGUUGUAUUUUAGCUAUGGUUUGCUUGAUGCCAUGUUCCAGAGCAUGGUGUAUUGGGUCAUUGGAGCCCUGGCGGAUGAUUCUGAGGUCCUCAGCAGGUAUGCUGGUUUCUACAAAGGAGUGCAGAGUGCGGGUGCAGCAGUUUCUUGGCAAGUGGAUGCACACAAUGCUCCAUUCUUGAGCCAACUAAUUGUCAAUUGGACACUCUGCACCAUCAGCUACCCACUUUUAGCUGUUCUGGUUAUAAUGGCGGUCAAGGAUGAAGACGGUGAAGAUGGAGGAGGAGAGGGCAAGGGUAAAUCGGUCAUGCCUGCUCUUCAUUGAUUAAGAGCCAGCUACUGCUGACUGGUAUACUCUCUUCUUCUUUCUUCUUCUUCUUCAAUACUUGAUUUCGUUUAUUGCAGACGCCACCAUGUAGUCUGAGAUUUAAGUUAUAGUGUGUAACUUUUUUUUAAUUUAAGUGUGAACAAAAUGUCCAGCGUUUUGCUGCGAUCAAAAUUGUAGUAAUUGUGUAUGAAGAAACCAUCUUUUUUCCAUACGA